AUGAAUCGCAGCCAAAACAUCCAUUUGCCCGUAGCUCAGGAGCCUGACUGGGAGAUAAACAACGCCGAGCAAGAUCCCUCAAAAAUUAAAAGCGCAGCAGACAGUUUCGUCAUCCUACAGUCCCUCAAGCAAUCAAGAGAAAAAUGGCUACGCUCAACGUUCCCAAAAUUUUCCAGCCGCUCAAGGGGAGGAAAGCCCGCCGAUGCUAUUCCUCCACCGCAUACGAUGUAUAAUCGCGGCAGAUGCACUUUGGAGAUUGGUCCGCACAUAUUCACAGAAACGACCAUAUUUGAAGUACACUAUCACCCCAUCCUUGUGCACACAGCACAUAUACCUACCUAUACGCAGCAACCAGGUGCUACUAGUUCUGUCUCUGCGUCACAAGGAUCGUCUUCUACUCCCCUCCUUUCGCCGCUACCAAACUCUCCAAGUAUCCCACCGACACUUAUCAACCAAGUGAAUGCAGCAGCCCUCUCCAAUCCGACACUGGCCAACUUAUUACACCUAGCUGCCUCAGGAAACGCAUCCAUGGACCAACUCAAAAACCUUGGCGUAACGAUACAGCAACUCGCAUCUUCAUCCGGGGUGGACCUGGGUGCUUCUUCAAUGCAAUCCGCACAGGCGCAGAACACAGCAACAGCUGUGGCAAGUGGUGCAGCGUCGCCUAUUCAACCAGUGUAUCAAACCAAGGAUUUUGAUAUCGUAAUCGAAUUCCGUGAGUGUCCCACAGACCGUUGGAUUUUCCCUCGUGGUCUUGCUGUAGGCACUUUCACUCCGGUGCCGGGGUCAAUGGGAUCAUAUGGCGAAAUAACCCUGUCUACGCGUGUCCCGUUUGAACAGCAGACCAAAGUAGUUCUGGAGUCUCAACCCGAUGGACAAGUUCAGCCGAAGACACCAGAACCUCAAGAAGUGGUCACAUUUGUUUUCACCGGGGCGGGUGCUCCUAUAUGGGAUUCUGUAUUACGUUGGAUCGGCUCUGAAGAGAAGUUAGAAGAAAACCGCAAGAUUCUCGAAUCCAUUAAUAAACCUCGACGAGUUUACUUGGCACAUAGAAUAGCAGAGGGCUCUCUACUAGCCCAAAUUCAAAAUGCUGCAGUUCCUACAUUCUCUACGAAGCUUCUCAGGUCAGCCGCAGAGAGCAGCAAUAAACCUAAACGCAAAGCAGCACCUCGUAAACCUCCUCAGGCCCAGGCCCAACCACAACCACAACCUCAACCACAACCCCGGUCUCAGUCUCAGACACAGUCUCACCCUCCGCCUCCACCUCCAACUCAAAACGCAGGCCUCGUGCAACAAAGCGCAGAGCCAGCUCCACCUCCACCAAAGAAAAGGCGUCAAACACAGCCAAAAUCCACGCCUUCGUUGCCCAAGAUAGCUUGCUUUGCGUGCGGUCAAACAGAUGUCCCUCUAAUUAUGGGUGGAAGAUAUUGCCGACCGUGUGUUGAAGCCGGCUGCGCUAUCGAUGAUAUACCGCAAGUAGGCAGUAGCCGGUACUCCUACCAAUCCUCCGCACAACACUCAAGGCAAGGCAGCACCUCACACACUCCAGAUAAUACCCGACAUCAGUCCACUAUUGUUUCAAAGACUCACGCGGUAUUUGUUCCGUACCCUAAAGCCUCAGCAACAGAGCAAACAAGUAAUAUACCGAUUCCCGAUGUCAAGCCGAGCUAAAUAUCAUUAGCAAGAUAACUUACGUGUACAUCGAAUAUGUGUGUGUGAUAUGUGAUUA